AUGGAAAUUUAUGUCGACGAUAUGGUCGCCAAGACCACCCAGGAGAAGUCACACUGCGACAACCUUAAAGAGAUAUUCGAACAGAUACGAACAUACAAGAUGAGACUCAACCCAGAAAAAUGCGCCUUUGGGGUGCAAGGUGGCAAAUUCCUCGGAUUUAUGCUAACUUCACGAGGAAUCGAAGCAAACCCCGAAAAAUGUGAAGCAAUACUCAACAUGGCGAGCCCUAGAACAAUAAAAGAAGUACAACAAUUGGCAGGAAAGGUAGCAGCACUAUCUCGGUUCCUACCAUCAGCAUCAAGCCGAUCAUACCAUUUCUUCCAAACAAUAACAAAGAACAAAAAGUUUCAAUGGACAGAGGAAUGUGAGAAAGCGUUCACCGAGCUCAAAACCAUUUUGUCAUCUCCACCAGUACUGCAAAGACCAGAUGUCGGUAAACCGCUAUACUUAUAUUUAUCUGUUUCUAAUCAUUCUAUAAGCUCGGCCUUAGUCCUUGAGACAGAAAAAGCACAACAACCGGUAUACUUCGUCAGUAGAGUCAUGCAAUCCACAGAACAGAGGUAUCCGAAGAUAGAACAGCUAGCCUUAGCACUCGUAACAACAACGAGAAGACUCAGACACUACUUCCAGAGCUACACAGUAAUAGUACGGACAAACCAACCGCUAAGACAAAUACUGACAAAACCAGAACUAGCUGGACGACUAACUAAAUGGUCCAUCGAGCUCUCAGAAUUCGACAUCCAAUUUCAACCAAGGUCAGCCUUAAAAGCACAGAUCCUCGCUGACUUUAUAUCAGAACUAACCUCAGACGUACACAACAAAUGCUGGGAACUACAUGUCGACGGAGCAUCCAGCAAGGGAGGAAGCGGAGCUGGGAUAAUUCUGAAAGAAGGGGACACUGUGGUGGCUGAGCAAUCUCUCCAGUUCCACUUCCCAGCAAACAAUAAUCAGGCAGAGUAUGAGGCCCUUAUAGCCAGACUCAAGCUCGCCCUCAACCUCCAGGUACAAAGUCUAACAGCUCACUGCGAUUCUCUCUUGGUGGUUCAACAAAUCCAAGGAGAAUAUCAGGUAAAUGAUCCCUUGCUAGAGCGAUAUUGGCUCGUAGCAAAGGAUCUUAUUUCAAAAUUCAGUUCAUUCAUUAUUCUACAUGUGCAUAGAGAUAAGAAUAUUAGAGCCGAUGUAUUAUCCAAACUUGCCGCCACUAGAUCAGACACACAAACGUCGGCAUUAUCACAACUCACACUUAAAAAACCCAGUAUUGAAUUACUAUCUAUAAGCAUUAACCACCUCCAUGAUUGGAGAACACCUUUUCUUGAAUACAUCAACACAGGCACCAUACCCAGAGACGAGCUCAACAUGCAACACUUCAAGCGAAGAGCAAGUCUCUAUACAAACAUAGGUGGAGAACUAUACAGACGAGGUAUCUCACAACCAUUACUAAAGUGCCUAAACACUGAGGAGGCAAGGGAGGUGAUGGACGAAGUUCAUGAGGGCAUAUGCGGAAACCACAUCGGAGGACGAGCUCUCGCCGCAAAGAUCGUCCGAACAGGAUACUAUUGGCCAACCAUGAAAAGAGAUUGCAUAACAAAAGUCAAGAAAUGUGACAAAUGCCAAAAACAUGAGGCUAUCUCUACAAAGCCGGCUGAGGUAUUACACAGCAGGGAGGUAGCUGGCCUUUCCAUAGAUGGGGGCUUGAUAUUCUCGGCCCAUUUCCAACAGCGCCAGGACAGAUUUGGAAUACCAAAGGAAAUAAUAUCAGACAAUGGCAGACAUUUUACAGAUAAUAAGCUCGGCUCAUUUCUAAAAAAAUUUAAUAUACAGCAUCAUUUUAGCUCGGUCGAACACCCACAGAGCAAUGGGCAGGCCGAGACUGCUAACCGAAUUAUAUUGCAGGCAAUGAAAAGAAAGCUUGACAAUGCAAAAGGUGAAUGGGCCGAGCUGAUCCCAGAAAUAUUGUGGAGUUACAACACAACAAUACAAACCACCACAGGCGAAACACCUUUCAAACUAGUGUAUGGAUCAGAAGCGCUAAUCCCAGUAGAGGUCGGGACUCCUACAAUCAGAACCGAACUAUACGAUGAACAGUACAACACACGCAUAAGGAGCACCGAGCUUGACCUCGUCGAAGAAGACAUAGAUAUUGCGGCAAUUAAACAAAGAGCCAUGAAGCAAUUGGCGGAAAGAAAACACAGUAGAAAAGUCAUUCCAAGAACAUUUACUAAGGACGACUUAGUCCUCAGAUGA